CAUACAUAUCUUUGGUCCCCAAUGGCUAGAACAAAGCCCAUAUCUGCUUUCUUAUUCAUUUUCUUCGCCAUCUUCACCUUCUCCGGCGACGGCGAAUCUCAGAGCUUCUCUAGGGUUCUGUCCUUGGGGGCCAAGAGGCUUAAGCGUGAGAAGAUGAGCCACCUUCAUUUCUACUUCCAUGACAUUCUUAGUGGUCGUAACCCAACUGCCAUUAGGGUUGCUGAAGCACCAUCCACAAAGAAAUCACCAACUGAGUUUGGUAUCGUGAUGAUGAUCGAUGAUUUGUUAACGGAGAGGCCGGAAGCUACCUCAAAGCUCGUCGGAAAAGCUCAAGGGUUCUAUGCAUCGGCUUCACAGAGUGAGCUGGGUUUAUUAAUGACCCUUAAUUUUGUUUUCCUGGAAGGGAAGUACAAUGGGAGCACACUAAGUAUGGUUGGAAGAAACCCAGUGAUGGAGGAGGUGAGAGAGAUGCCGGUGGUUGGAGGGAGUGGGAUUUUCCGGUUUGCCCGGGGCUAUGCUCAUGCCAAGACUCACUGGCUUGACCCUAGUACUGGAGAUGCUGUGGUGGAGUAUAAUGUUUAUGUCAUCCAUUACUGAUCCUUGAAGCUUUUGUCCUUUUGUUGAGAGAAUUAAUUUGGCUAUUUCUUCUUUGUUUUUGGUUGUUUAGAACUCAUGUUGAUUCAAUUUGAAAAAAGAGUUAUU